GGGGGAUUAGUGGGAUUUGGCAACCUUGUCUCGUGUUGGUGCUUGAGGCAGCAUGGAGAGAAAGUCAGCGUUUGCUUAUUAUCAGUCAAUUAAAGAAAAGACAGCACAAACACAGCAGCAAGUCUCAGUUUCACCAGCGAAGAAGAAGAAGAGGAAGCAGAAUGGGAUGGUACCUGCGGUGAGCGCUAUGAAAAAGGUGAAAAAGAUCCCUGCGGAGAGAAAGACAAAGCAGAAGGAAAACCACAAUGAGCCUGUUGAUGAGGAGCAGCGACCAUCGAACGGGACCGAUCAAGUGAACAACGACACACUUCCCACACUUCUCACUGAGCUGGCCAAAGUGGACAACAGCAGGGAGCGAGCGAACAUGCUGUUUCAGUGGCUCAUUCAUCCUGUAACAGCCAAAACCUUCUUCAGGGAUAAUUGGGAGAAGAAGCCUCUCUUGAUCAGACGUCAGAAUCCACACUACUAUGAGGGCCUUUUCUCAACAGCAGAGUUUGACCGCAUUUUGAGAAAUGAUGAUGUCCAGUAUGGAGUGAAUCUGGAUGUGACGAGCUACACAAAUGGCAAGAGAGAGACACACAAUCCUCCAGGGAGGGCUCUGCCCUAUUCAGUGUGGGAUUUCUAUGAGAACGGCUGCUCGCUGAGGAUGCUGAACCCUCAGGCCUUCUCCUCUACUGUGUGGAACGUUCUGUCCAUCCUGCAGGAAAAGUUCGGCAACAUGGCAGGAGCCAACGUGUACUUAACACCAGCAGGAACACAGGGAUUCGCACCGCAUUAUGAUGAUAUCGAAGCGUUUAUUGUGCAGUUGGAAGGGAAGAAGCACUGGAGAGUGUAUAACCCACGGUCUGAAGAUGAUGUGUUAUCACUUGUGUCGAGCCCUAAUUUCAGUCAGUCCGAGAUCGGAAAGCCCAUGCUGGACGUGGUGCUGGAGCCGGGUGAUUUGCUGUAUUUUCCCCGCGGGUUUAUUCACCAGGGCAACUGCCUCCCGGACGCCCACUCUCUGCACAUCACCAUCUCCUCGUACCAGAGGAGCAGCUGGGGUGAUCUACUUCUGAAGGUGAUGCCAGCAGCUUUGGAAAUGGCGAUGGAGGAGGAUGUGGAGUUUAGAAAGGGACUUCCUCUUGAUUACCUCACCUACAUGGGAGUGCAGAACUCUGACAAGGAAGAUCCACGCAGAGACAGAUUUUUGUCUCACAUGGAGGGUUUAAUGAAGAGGUUAGCGUCCUAUGCUCCGGUGGAUGCUGCUGUGGAUCAGAAAGCACGCGAGUUUCUGCACGACUGCCUUCCACCUGUGCUAACUCCAGCGGAGAAAGCGAGCAGCGUGUACGGCGCUCCUGUGCGAUUCGAGGAUGGAGAGGCCGUGGAUUUGACCACACACAUGAAGGCUCAGACCAAAAUAAGACUCCUCCGUGCAGGAAUCGCCAGACUGUGCAGUGACGGUGAGGCUGUUCAUCUUUACUACACCACCGAGAACUCCAGAGUUUAUCACAAAGAGGAGCCCAAGAGCAUUGAGAUAAACGCAGAGCACACAGAUGCUGUGGAGUUCCUGAUCCACUCGUACCCAAAGUUUGUCACAAUCUCAACUUUACCCUGUGAUUCCACAGAAGACAAGGUGUCCUUGGCAGAGAUGCUGUUUGCGAAAGGACUGAUCCACACAUCUGAACCUUUGACCACAAAGUGAAGAGUUAAUCUGUUCACCGUAAUUGCCCAGAACAAGUCUUUGUUUUUUCCCACUUUUCUUGGUUUUGGCAACAUUGGGAUCAGGAUUAAAGUCAUAAUUGACUGUUUGAUAUCUACAUCUUUGCAGUAAACAAUUUAACUUCAGAA